GCCAGGCGCCUCGCGCGCUUGGAGGAGAGCGACCGCAGAGCAGCUCCGGCCACGGCUACGGUAGCAGCGAGUUCGAACCCCCGCUCCCGCUCGGCUUCUAUUCUCGCUUCCCCGGCCCCUGGGCCUUCCGACGCCAGUGCCCGGCAGCUCGUUGCGCUUUGCGUUUUCUCCGCCGCCAGGAUGCCGGUGACCGAGAAGGACCUGGCGGAGGACGCGCCGUGGAAGAAAAUCCAGCAGAACACGUUCACACGCUGGUGCAAUGAGCACCUAAAGUGCGUGAACAAACGCAUCGGGAACCUGCAGACAGAUCUGAGCGAUGGGCUGCGGCUUAUCGCGCUGCUCGAGGUGCUCAGCCAGAAGCACAUGUACCGCAAGUACCACCAGCGGCCCACCUUCCGCCAGAUGCAGCUCGAGAAUGUGUCUGUGGCGCUCGAGUUUCUGGACCGUGAGAGCAUCAAGCUCGUGUCCAUCGAUAGCAAAGCCAUUGUGGAUGGGAACCUGAAGCUCAUCUUGGGCCUGGUAUGGACACUGAUUCUCCACUAUUCCAUCUCCAUGCCCGUGUGGGAGGAUGAAGGGGAUGACGAUGCCAAGAAGCAGACACCAAAGCAGAGGCUGCUGGGAUGGAUUCAGAACAAGAUCCCCUACUUGCCUAUCACCAACUUCAACCAGAACUGGCAAGAUGGCAAAGCCCUGGGAGCCCUGGUUGACAGCUGUGCUCCAGGUCUGUGCCCAGACUGGGAGUCCUGGGAUCCACGGAAGCCUGUGGAUAAUGCCCGAGAAGCCAUGCAGCAGGCAGAUGACUGGCUGGGUGUCCCACAGGUCAUCACUCCUGAAGAAAUUAUUCACCCGGAUGUGGAUGAACACUCAGUGAUGACUUACCUGUCCCAGUUCCCCAAAGCCAAGCUCAAACCAGGAGCUCCUCUUAAACCCAAACUCAACCCAAAGAAAGCCAGGGCCUAUGGCAGAGGAAUCGAGCCCACUGGGAACAUGGUGAAGCAGCCAGCCAAGUUCACUGUGGACACCAUCAGYGCCGGGCAGGGAGAUGUGAUGGUGUUUAUCGAGGACCCAGAAGGGAACAAAGAAGAGGCACAGGUGACCCCUGAUAGUGACAAGAACAAGACAUACUCUGUGGAAUAUCUGCCCAAGGUCACUGGACUGCACAAAGUCACAGUCCUCUUUGCAGGACAGCACAUCUCCAAAAGCCCAUUUGAAGUGAAUGUUGACAAAGCCCAGGGAGACCCCAGUAAAGUAACUGCAAAAGGCCCAGGUUUGGAAGCUGCAGGAAACAUUGCUAAUAAGCCCACCUACUUUGACAUCUACACAGCAGGAGCUGGCGUGGGUGACAUUGGUGUUGAGGUGGAAGAUCCCCAGGGGAAGAACACAGUAGAAUUGCUUAUAGAAGACAAAGGAAACCAGGUGUAUCGAUGUGUGUACAAACCACUGCAGCCWGGCCCCCACGUGGUCAAGGUCUCCUUUGCCGGGGAAACCAUUCCCAAGAGUCCCUUUGUUGUGCAAGUUGGGGAAGCCUGCAGUCCAAAUGCCUGCCGGGCCAGUGGCCGAGGCCUGCAGCCCAAAGGUGUCCGCAUCCGGGAGACCGCAGACUUCAAAGUUGAUACCAAAGCUGCUGGAAGUGGGGAGCUCAGUGUAACUGUGAAGGGUCCUAAGGGCCUGGAGGAGCUGGUGAAGCAGAAAGGCUUUCUGGAUGGGGUCUAUGCAUUCGAAUAUUACCCCAGCACCCMGGGGAAGUACAGCGUUGCCAUCACAUGGGGGGGACACCACAUUCCAAAGAGCCCUUUUGAAGUUCAAGUUGGUCCUGAAGCAGGCAUGCAGAAAGUCCGUGCUUGGGGCCCUGGCCUCCAUGGUGGAAUUGUCGGGAGGUCGGCAGAUUUUGUGGUAGAAUCCAUUGGCUCUGAAGUGGGCUCUCUGGGGUUUGCCAUUGAAGGCCCUUCCCAGGCAAAGAUUGAGUACGAUGACCAGAAUGAUGGAUCAUGUGAUGUCAAAUACUGGCCCAAGGAGCCUGGAGAAUAUGCUGUUCACAUCAUGUGUGAUGACGAAGACAUCAAAAACAGCCCAUACAUGGCCUACAUCCAUCCUGCCACAGGAGACUACAACCCAGACCUGGUUCAAGCAUAUGGGCCAGGUUUGGAGAGAUCUGGGUGCAUCGUCAACAACCCAGCCGAGUUCACUGUGGAUCCUAAGGAUGCUGGAAAAGCUCCCUUAAAGAUAUUUGCUCAGGAUGGGGAAGGCCAGCCCAUCGACAUCCAGAUGAAGAACCGGAUGGAUGGAACUUAUGCCUGCUCAUACACCCCAGUUAAAGCCAUUAAGCACACCAUUGCUGUGGUCUGGGGAGGAGUGAAUAUUCCAAACAGCCCCUACCGGGUCAACAUUGGGCAAGGAAGCCACCCUCAGAAGGUUAAAGUGUUUGGGCCAGGUGUGGAGAGAAGUGGUCUAAAGGCCAAUGAACCCACCCACUUUACAGUGGACUGUACUGAGGCUGGGGAAGGUGAUGUCAGUGUUGGCAUUAAGUGUGAUGCCCGGGUUUUAAGCGAGGAUGAGGAAGACGUGGAUUUUGACAUUAUUCACAAUGCCAAUGACACAUUUACAGUCAAAUAUGUGCCUCCUGCUGCUGGACGAUACACUAUCAAGGUUCUCUUUGCAUCACAGGAAAUUCCUGCCAGCCCUUUCAGAGUCAAAGUUGACCCUUCCCAUGAUGCCAGCAAAGUGAAGGCGGAAGGCCCGGGGCUCAGCAGAGCAGGUGUGGAAAACGGAAAACCGACCCACUUCACUGUUUUCACCAAGGGAGCCGGGAAGGCCCCACUCAACGUGCAGUUCAGCAGCCCCCUUCCUGGUGACGCUGUGAAGGACGUGGAUGUCAUCGAUAAUUAUGACUACUCUCACACCGUUAAAUACACACCCACCCAGCAGGGUAGCAUGCAGGUUCUGGUAACUUAUGGUGGUGAUCCUAUCCCUAAAAGUCCUUUCACCGUGGGCGUUGCUGCUCCACUGGAUCUGAGCAAGAUAAAAAUCAAUGGGCUGGAAAACAGGGUCGAGGUUGGGAAGGAUCAGGAGUUCGCCAUUGAUACCAAAGGAGCAGGAGGCCAGGGGAAGCUGGACGUGACAAUCCUGAGCCCCUCUCGGAAGGUUGUGCCAUGCCUGGUGGCACCCAUGGUGGGUCGGGAGAGCAGCACAGCCAAGUUCAUCCCUCGGGAGGAGGGGCUGUAUGCCGUGGAUGUGACCUAUGAUGGACACCCCGUGCCCGGGAGCCCCUACACAGUGGAGGCCUCUCUACCACCCGAUCCUACCAAGGUGAAGGCCCAUGGUCCUGGCCUUAAAGGUGGUCUUGUGGGCAAGCCUGCCGAGUUCACCAUUGACACUAAAGGAGCUGGAACUGGAGGUUUGGGCCUAACAGUGGAAGGUCCUUGUGAGGCCAAAAUUGAAUGCUCUGACAAUGGUGAUGGGACCUGCUCUGUCUCUUACCUUCCCACAAAACCUGGGGAAUACUUCGUCAACAUUCUCUUUGAAGAAGUCCACAUACCUGGGUCUCCCUUCAAAGCCGACAUUGAAAUGCCAUUUGACCCCUCUAAGGUUGUGGCAUCAGGACCAGGUCUCGAGCUCGGGAAAGUGGGUGAAGUUGGGCUUCUUAGCGUUGACUGUUCRGAAGCAGGUCCUGGGACACUGGGCAUGGAAGCCAUCUCAGACUCAGGAACAAAAGCGGAAGUCUGCAUUCAGAACAACAAAGACGGCACCUACGCGGUGACCUAUGUGCCGCUAACAGCUGGCAUGUACACACUGACCAUGAAGUAUGGUGGGGAGCUUGUGCCACACUUUCCUGCCCAGGUCAAGGUGGAGCCCGCUGUGGACACUAGCAGGGUCAAAGUCUUCGGGCCAGGAAUAGAAGGAAAAGAUGUGUUUAGAGAAGCCACCACUGACUUCACUGUUGACUCAAGGCCCCUGACCCAGGUAGGGGGUGACCACAUCAAGGCCCACAUUGCCAACCCUUCAGGAGCCUCCACUGAGUGCUUUGUCACAGACAAUGCUGAUGGGACCUAUCAAGUGGAGUAUACACCCUUUGAGAAAGGUCUCCAUGUAGUGGAGGUGACAUAUGACGAUGUACCCAUCCCAAACAGUCCUUUCAAAGUAGCUGUAACUGAAGGCUGUCAGCCAUCACGGGUCCAAGCCCAAGGUCCUGGAUUGAAAGAGGCAUUUACCAACAAACCUAAUGUCUUCACUGUUGUUACCAGAGGGGCAGGAAUCGGUGGGCUUGGCAUAACUGUUGAGGGACCAUCAGAAUCGAAGAUAAACUGCAGAGACAACAAAGAUGGCAGCUGCAGUGCUGAGUACAUCCCCUUUGCCCCAGGGGAUUAUGAUGUUAACAUCACUUAUGGAGGAGCCCACAUCCCUGGUAGCCCCUUCAGGGUUCCUGUGAAGGAUGUUGUGGACCCCAGCAAGGUCAAAAUUGCUGGCCCUGGGCUGGGCUCUGGCGUCCGAGCCCGCAUCCCACAGUCCUUCACUGUGGACAGCAGCAAAGCUGGCCUGGCCCCAUUGGAAGUGAGGGUCUUGGGCCCCCGAGCUGAUGAGAUGGAUUCCCAGUCAUGGCGCAGCCCCUUGAAAGCCAUUUCAGAGUUCUUUAAAGGUGACCCGAAGGGUGACUUUAUGGAGACAGGUCUGGUGGAGCCAGUGAAUGUGGUGGAUAAUGGGGAUGGCACACACACGGUGACCUAUACCCCAUCGCAGGAGGGGCCUUACAUGGUCUCAGUUAAAUAUGCUGAUGAAGAGAUCCCACGAAGUCCCUUUAAGGUCAAGGUUCUUCCCACAUAUGAUGCCAGCAAAGUGACUGCCAGUGGCCCUGGCCUCAGUUCCUAUGGGGUGCCCGCCAGUCUGCCCGUGGAGUUUGCUAUCGACGCCAGAGAUGCUGGGGAAGGCCUGCUUGCUGUCCAGAUAACGGACCAAGAAGGAAAACCCAAAAGAGCCACUGUCCACGACAAUAAAGAUGGCACAUAUGCUGUCACCUACAUCCCUGACAAGACUGGACGCUAUAUGAUUGGGGUCACCUAUGGGGGGGAUGACAUCCCGCUUUCUCCUUACCGCAUCCGAGCCAUGCAGUCGGGUGACGCCAGCAAGUGCCUGGCCACGGGUCCUGGCAUUGCCCCCACUGUGAAAACUGGCGAGGAAGUGGGCUUUGUGGUGGACGCCAAGACUGCUGGGAAAGGGAAAGUGACCUGCACAAUUCUCACCCCAGAUGGUACUGAGGCUGAGGCUGAUGUCAUUGAAAAUGAGGAUGGCACCUAUGACAUUUUCUAUACAGCCGCCAAGCCCGGCACUUAUGUGAUCUAUGUGCGCUUUGGUGGUGUUGAUAUUCCAAAUAGCCCCUUCACUGUCAUGGCCACGGAUGGGGAAGUCACAGCCAUGGAGGAGGCACCGGUAAAUGCAUGUCCCCCUGGAUUCAGGCCCUGGGUAACUGAAGAGGCGUAUGUCCCAGUGAGUGACAUGAAUGGACUGGGAUUUAAGCCUUUUGACUUGGUCAUUCCAUUUGCUGUCAGGAAAGGAGAAAUCACAGGAGAGGUCCACAUGCCUUCUGGGAAGACAGCCACACCUGAGAUUGUGGACAACAAAGAUGGAACAGUAACCGUCAGAUAUGCCCCCACUGAGGUCGGGCUCCACGAGAUGCACAUCAAAUACAUGGGCAGCCACAUCCCUGAGAGCCCUCUCCAGUUCUAUGUGAACUAUCCCAACAGUGGGAGCGUUUCUGCAUAUGGUCCAGGCCUGGUGUAUGGAGUAGCUAACAAAACGGCCACCUUCACGAUUGUCACCGAGGACGCAGGAGAAGGUGGUCUCGAUUUGGCUAUUGAGGGACCCUCGAAGGCAGAAAUCAGCUGCAUUGACAACAAAGAUGGGACGUGCACCGUGACCUACCUGCCUACACUGCCAGGCGACUAUAGCAUUCUGGUCAAGUACAAUGACAAGCACAUUCCUGGCAGCCCCUUCACAGCCAAGAUCACAGAUGACAGCAGGCGUUGCUCCCAGGUGAAGUUGGGCUCAGCUGCUGACUUCCUACUUGACAUCAGUGAGACUGACCUCAGCACACUGACAGCCAGCAUUAAGGCACCAUCUGGUCGUGAUGAGCCCUGUCUCCUGAAGAGGCUGCCCAAUAACCACAUCGGCAUCUCCUUCAUUCCCCGGGAGGUGGGUGAACACCUGGUCAGUAUCAAGAAGAAUGGCAACCAUGUGGCCAACAGCCCCGUGUCCAUUAUGGUGGUCCAAUCGGAGAUUGGUGAUGCACGCCGAGCCAAAGUCUACGGCCGAGGCCUGUCAGAGGGCCGGACUUUUGAGAUGUCUGACUUCAUUGUGGAUACAAGAGAUGCAGGUUAUGGUGGCAUAUCCUUGGCAGUGGAAGGCCCCAGCAAGGUGGACAUCCAGACAGAGGACCUGGAAGAUGGCACCUGCAAGGUCUCCUACUUCCCCACCGUGCCUGGGGUUUACAUUGUCUCCACCAAAUUUGCUGAUGAGCAUGUUCCUGGAAGUCCAUUUACUGUGAAGAUCAGUGGUGAGGGAAGAGUCAAAGAGAGUAUCACCCGGACCAGCCGGGCCCCCUCAGUGGCCACUGUUGGGAGCAUCUGCGACUUGAACCUGAAAAUCCCAGAAAUCAACAGCAGUGAUAUGUCGGCCCAUGUCACCAGCCCCUCUGGCCGUGUGACUGAGGCAGAGAUUGUGCCCAUGGGGAAGAACUCACACUGCGUCCGGUUUGUGCCCCAGGAGAUGGGCGUUCACACGGUCAGUGUCAAGUACCGUGGACAGCAUGUAACCGGCAGCCCCUUCCAGUUCACUGUGGGGCCACUUGGUGAAGGGGGUGCCCACAAAGUUCGGGCAGGAGGCCCUGGCCUGGAGAGAGGAGAAGCAGGAGUCCCAGCUGAGUUUAGCAUCUGGACCCGGGAAGCAGGUGCUGGAGGCCUCUCCAUCGCUGUUGAAGGUCCCAGUAAGGCCGAGAUUACAUUCGAUGACCAUAAAAACGGAUCAUGUGGUGUGUCUUAUAUUGCCCAAGAGCCUGGUAACUACGAGGUGUCUAUCAAGUUCAAUGAUGAGCACAUCCCUGAAAGCCCCUACCUGGUGCCCAUCAUCGCGCCCUCUGACGACGCCCGCCGCCUCACUGUUAUGAGCCUUCAGGAAUCGGGAUUAAAAGUUAACCAGCCAGCAUCCUUUGCUAUAAGGUUGAAUGGUGCAAAAGGCAAGAUUGAUGCAAAGGUGCAUAGCCCCUCGGGAGCCGUGGAGGAAUGCCAUGUGUCUGAGCUGGAGCCAGAUAAGUAUGCUGUUCGCUUCAUCCCCCACGAAAAUGGCAUCCACACAAUUGAUGUCAAAUUCAACGGGAGCCACGUGGUUGGAAGCCCCUUCAAAGUGCGUGUUGGGGAGCCAGGACAAGCUGGGAAUCCUGCCCUGGUGUCUGCCUACGGUGCAGGGCUCGAGGGGGGCACCACAGGCAUCCAGUCUGAAUUCUACAUCAAUACCACCCGAGCAGGCCCAGGGACGUUGUCUGUCACUAUUGAAGGCCCAUCCAAAGUUAAAAUGGAUUGCCAAGAAACCCCAGAGGGGUACAAAGUUAUGUACACGCCCAUGGCUCCUGGAAACUAUCUGAUCGGUGUCAAAUAUGGCGGACCCAACCACAUUGUGGGCAGUCCAUUCAAAGCCAAAGUGACAGGUCAGCGCCUGGUCAGCCCGGGCUCAUCCAAUGAAACCUCGUCCAUCCUGGUGGAGUCAGUGACCAGGUCAUCAACAGAGACCUGCUAUAGUGCCAUCCCCAAGUCAUCCUCGGAUGCCAGCAAGGUGACUUCCAAGGGAGCAGGGCUCUCAAAGGCCUUCAUGGGACAGAAGAGCUCCUUCCUGGUGGACUGCAGCAAAGCUGGUUCCAACAUGCUGCUGAUUGGAGUCCAUGGACCCACCACACCCUGUGAGGAGGUCUCCAUGAAGCAUGUGGGCAACCAGCAGUACAAUGUCACAUAUGUUGUCAAGGAGAGGGGGGAUUACGUUCUGGCCGUGAAGUGGGGGGAAGAACACAUCCCCGGCAGCCCUUUUCAUGUCACAGUGCCUUAAAAUAGUUUGCAUCAAAUCCUGGGAGGAAUUCUUAUGGUUGCUUUUAUCGCUUGUUUGUAAUUCAUUUUAUACCAUGUCCUCCAGCCUGUUGGUGGGUCUAAAUCCCAUCCCAAAACACUACCAUUCUAAAGUGCCUUCAGAAAUAAGUCCUAGACUUGACUCUUGAGGGAUGCAUUGGGUAAAUCAUAAGAAAUGCAAAUUUGUCCAAUGGACUAAGAAGAUCCAACGUAUACUCAGUUCACCUCAGACCUUGGGGGGCACAGGUCACUGCAGACAGACCAAGAAUAUGGGGAAGACUGACAUUUUUUAAAAAAUGAAACUGGCUAACCUAAGCUACAGGUUUGCUGUUGAGCCUUUACAAAAAAAAGA